GUAGCCGCUGGGGGCAGCAGUGUAUUGGAUGACGUCCACAGCAGCGACGGCGCAGCACCACCGAAGAAGACAUUGUUAUGGAGGACUGGCGGAUCACUGCAUUCCGUGGUCGUGACGCCAGCUACUGAUCGCCCUCAGGGAGGCGGAGCCUGGAGAAAAACAUCAGCCUGCAGAGAUCUGAUUGGUGGAGCUGUGGGUCCUCUGUGCUGAGCCAGCUCCUGAGAAGAGAUGUGUGACCUGGAAAAAGGCGACCUGGUAGAAGAUGAAGACGAACUGUCGGUCAGCGAUGAUUCUGAGCCUGAGGAGAGACCCAUGCUGGCGCCGUUUGACCCUGACCUGGACCACAGUGAUGAUGAUGAUGAUGAUGAAGAGGUCCGCGCUCCGGCUGGAUGCAGUGAGAAGUCUCAGUUCAGCCUGAAGGGGGGCGGCUCGGCCUUUUCCCACCGCACCCACAGCAUCUUUGACUGUCUGGACAGUCUGGCCAAGCCCUCCUCCUCUUCCUCCUCCUCCUCCUCCUCUCAGAACCAGCAGACUGACAGCGUUUUCGCUCGGCCUCAGGCUCCGCCCCCGAGCAGGAAGACCAGCCAGCCUCCACUCAGCCCCCCUAACCCUCCCAAGAAGAAGUGGACCCCGGAUUACCUACUGCACCCGGAGCGCUGGACCCACUACAGCCUGGAGGACGUCAGCGAGACGAGCGACCACGGCAACGCCAGGGCCGCCCUCAACUUCCUGUCCGCUCUGAAGGAGGGGAAGCAGGAGGAGCAGAGCGGCGGUGACUCGCCCGUGUGUGACCUCCAGCAGAGGAUGAUUUAUAACAAACCGAGCAGGCCGAGGAGAGAAGAAGCUACUGUGAGGAGCAGAGAGAAGGAGACGCGCCUCAGUCAUCUCCAGGAGGAGGGGGAGGAGGAGGGCAGGGAGACACGGGAGGAUGAAGGGAGGAGAAGAGAGGCAGAGGAGGAGCACGCCGAGGGUCGAACAGACGAGGAGAAACAGAGACUGGGAGAAAGAGAGCAGGAGGAGGAGAAGGAGGAGUCUGGUGCUGUUUUCACCUCCUUUAGGAAGAUGAACUCUAAGAACUACAGGAGGAGCUCAGGGAGAGAGGAGGACUGAGGAUUCAAAGCCUGCUGUGGGACAGAUGAACUGGUUUAAUAAUCUGGAUUCAUUCUUCCAUGUUUUAUUGUCAUUAAAGAUCUUAAGAAAAACAA